AUGAGUCAAUCAAGUGGUCAAACACCACAACAACUCAAUUCAAUAACGAAAAGUGGUUCAGUUCGGAGUAAUAAUGGUAGUAAUACUGUUAAUAAAAGUAAUCAAGUAUUCAUAAAAGAUGAUAGUAUUAGAACGGAAGGUUCAAAUAGUAAUAGUAGUAGUACUCCAAAUACUCAAUCAAUUAAAAGGGCCUCUUCACAACGAUCAGCGCCGGCGCCUAAUCAAAAUCAACAACCAGUUUUACAACAACAUCAACAAAAUCAAGCAAGACAACAACAAUCAACAGCACAAAGAGUUCCUUUAAGUCUGCCGCCACCACCAUCUCAAAGAACGGCUCAAUCCUCAACUCAUUUAUCCGCCAAUAAUGAUCAAAAGCAUUUGUUAAGACAAUUCAAGUUAAUAUCAGUAAAUUUUAAAGAAGCAGCAUUAGAUAGUCCAAGUUUUAGAGCAUCCGCAAAUCAUUUAGAUAUACAAAUCAAUAAUAUAGAGCAAUGGUUAUUAGCAAUAAAUUCAUCACUUAAAAAAAUUCCAAAAUAUGUAAAAGAAGUUGAAAUUUUUUGUAAUUCAUUUUUAGAACAUUUAGUACCUAAUUUUUUACAAAAUGGUAUAGUUGAUCAAGAAUAUACUGUUAAAUGUUUAUAUGCUUCAUUAAAUGGGUUGAAAUCUAUUUGGGGUAUGAGUCUUAAUUCUUUAGCUCCUGCACCUCAUAUCUUAAAUGAUUUAAAUGGAUUUAGAAAAACUCAAGUUCAAACUUAUAGAGAACUUAGAAGAAAAUUUGAAGUAAGUCAAAGAAAAUAUGAUAAGUAUUUAAGUAUAUUUGUGAGUACUUCCAAAACAAAAGAUGCAAUAAUGGUAUUAGAAGAUGCUAAACAAUUAUAUCAAGUUAGGAAAGAAUAUAUACAAAUUUCAUUAGAUUUAGUUGUUGAAUUACAAAAUAUAAGUAUUAAAUUAGAUAAACUACUAGUUUCAUUAAACAGUAAUUUAUGGCAAACGAAAUGGGGUCAAUUUGCUUCUGAUAAUAUUGCAUCUGAUAGUAUUAGAGAAUCUUGGGAAGUGGUACAAAGAGUUCAAGCAUGGAGUGAUUCAUAUUCAUCAGCUAGUGAUAAAUUGUACGAUGAUAUGAUGGCUGCAAAAGCUCAAGUUGAAGAAUCAUCAUAUAUUCAAUUUAGCCCAUCUACGAACUCCAAUGAUUAUCAUGUAAAUACAAUUAGUUAUAAAUCGUUACAGGAUAUAAAUGAAACUGGUAUUGAAAAACAUGGAUAUUUAUUUAUGAAAACUUUUGUCGAAAAAUCAAAUAAACCUAAAUGGGAAAGAAGGUGGUGUUUUAUUAAAAAUGGAGUAUUUGGAAUGUUAGUAUUAAGCCCAACUCAAACAUCAGUUCAAGAAACUGAUAAAUUUGGAAUAAUAUUAUGUAAUUUAAGAUAUUCUCCUAAUGAAGAUAGAAGAUUUUGUUUUGAAUUGAAAACUAGUGAAAAUAGUAUAAUAUUACAAGCUGAAUCAUUAAUUGAAUUAAAAUCUUGGUUAAAAGUCUUCACAAAUGAAAGAAAUCGUAUAACUAUGUUACCAUUAAAUGAUCCAUUAUUUAAAAUUGCAUCUAGUAGAUUCCCACCAAUUUUUUCAGAAUUUGCUUCUACUAUAAAUACAUUAAAAGAUCAAGAAAUUUCAAAUUUAAAAAUCAUUAAUCCAAAUGGUGAAAGUAUUGUAUCUACUUCAUUAUCUAGAUUUCUUGAAGGUUUUGAUAGAACUUACGAUAGUAAAUGGUUUUAUAAAUUACCUCAAGUUUAUCCACCAAUAAUGACUGAUACUACAAAACAAGCAAUUGUUGCAUAUAGCACAAUAAGAGCUACGGAAUUACCAACUGCAUUAACUGCAAAUAUUUGGGGAUCAGUUAAUUGGGGUCUUUAUUACUUGAAAGAUUAUUUUUCAAGAAAUGAAAGUUUACGUCAAGCUAAUCAUUAUCAAGUCAAAGAUUAUGAAAUGAUAAAAUUUCAACAAGAAAAUAUGACCAAUGGUAUACCUUAUCCAAGUUUUUAUCCUGUUGAACUUAUAAGUUUAGAUAUUCAAAUGAGGGCAUUAUUCGAAAAUAUAGUUGAACCUGGUGAAUAUUGUAUAAUGUCAUUUGGAUGUAUUUGGUCACCUAAUUCAAAACAAGAAUUAAGUGGUCGAUGCUUUUUAACAAAUUAUCAUAUAUAUUUUUAUAUGCAAGCUUUGGGUUUUGUUGCAUUAUUUAAAGGAUUGAUUUCAGAAUGUGUUUCUGUUGAAUAUGUAUCUCAAAGAAAUUUUGGUAUAUUAAAAAUUUAUAAUGUUGAAGGUACUUUUAAACUAAAAUUAUUUUUGGAAGAUGGAAUUUUAAUUCAGCAAAAAUUUGUAUAUUUGAUAAAUAAUUUAGCAAGUGAUAAACCAAAUAAUUUAAGAGAGCUGUUGAGUAUAUUUAAACAAAUCGAGGCUCAAGUAGCUAAAGAUAAAGAAGAUGAUAGAAUACUAAAAGAAAUGGAUCAAUUGAGUAAAAAAUUAUCAACUAAUGCAUUACAAAAUUAUAGAUUUACAUUAGGUGGUGGUGGAUUAGCAAUGACUAAUUCUACUUCAAUUGCACCAAAUACUUCAGGUUUAGGAAAAUUUCAUCAAACUGAUUUCACACCAGAAUUUAAAUUACUUUUACGUAAAACUUAUCAAUUACCACCAAAGGCUUUAUUUCAUGCAUUUUUAGGUGAUGAUUCAGCAAUGUUUAGAGAUGAAUCAUCAAUUGUUAAGUAUUCCAUUGUAAUGAAAAAACCAUGGAGAAGUGUAGAUGGUGGUAAGAUUUUAACUCGUCAUGAUAUCGUACCAAUUCUGGUAAAUGGUAUAAAAGAACCAGUACUUUUACAACAAACAAUUGAAGAAAUGGAUGAUAAUGAAUAUUAUUGUUUUACUUAUUCUGUAUCAAAAAUAGAAUUUUGUUUAGGAUCACCUUUUACAAAUACUUUUAAAUUUAUUAUUACUGGUAUAAGUGGUAAAAGAUCACAAAUAUAUUAUUAUUCAAAAACUGAUUUUUCAAAUUAUUCAAUUUGGAAUCCAUUGAUAAGAACGAUAGUCAAUAGGAUUGAUAUUGAUCAAGUUUCCAAAUACGAUUAUAGAAUCAAUACAAAGGUUAUGCAUGAUGUUGGACAUCAUGGACCUAUUGUAAAAGCUAUAUAUGUUUAUGGUAAAUUAAGUCAUACUGAUGACCCCGAUCAUAUACAAUCUGAACCAAUAGUUAAAAUAGGAUUCAUGGUAUCGUUGACUAUGUUUAUCAAUAGGAUGGUCAAGACAAUUUAUGAUUUUAUUAAUUUGUUAUUUGAUGGAAUUUUAAACGUCUUGAAAUUCAUAUUAGAAUUUAUUCAAAGAAAUCAAUUCUUCAUUUUAGUGAUUAUUGCAUUAAUUUUAUCAAAUAUAUUUUUCAUGGGUAGAUCAACCAUAAAUUAUUGGACAGUCUAUAGAGGAAAUACCUUAGCAGAAGAAUUUAUUGCAAAAAAUCCGUUAUUAUUACAAAGAUCAGUUUAUUUAAAAGAUAUUCAAGAAGAAUUUUUAAAACCAGGAACUUUUGAAAAUGUUUUAUCAAAUAGCAACUACGUUGAUGUUAAUAAUACAAAAACAACUAUUCCAUCACUCAUUGAAAGUAAACCAUUUCAAUUAUUCAAAGAUCAAAGUUUUAUAAAUAAUUAUCAAAAUUUAUCAAUACUUUUAUCAGAUUCAUCAUAUAUACCCAAAAAUUAUGAGAAGGUUCAAUCCUUAAAAAAUGAAUUUAAAGAAAUUGGUGAAAAAAGAUAUAAUUAUUUAAUUGAAUUACAAAUUUUAAAAUAUAAAGAAGAAAACUUAUUGAAAAAAGAUUUUUAUAAUUGGUUAAAUGAUGAAAUAUCAAAAUGUGAUUAUAUGGAAAACUGUAUUAUAAAGAAUGUUAAAGAUUCAAAAUAUAAAUCUAAAAAAUCUAAAAAAUUUGAAUUAAAUGAAAAAAAUUUAAUUAACGGAAAUGAUAAUAAUUUUAUUGAUGGAAUUGAUAAUAUUGUUAAAUAUUGUAAUGAUUGUAAACAAAUUUUACGUGAAUUUGUAUAG